UGUUGUCUCAGGUAUUAAUCCGCCCAUAACGGUUAGCUUGUUUUACUUUAUUUCUCUGAUAUCGUGUCAUCUCAUAUUGUUGUGUUUUUGUAGCUAGUUUCAGCGUUCUCUUGUAGCUUAGAUGUGCACUUCCAGUGUUUAUUUAUCUGUGCAGGCUUUUAUAAAACAGAGAUAAAAGAGAGGCUCCUAGCUAGCUGACUGGCUAACAGUUAGCUAAUGUAGCUACAGUAUUGCGGAAUGUUUUCUUGUUUUGUAGCUGAUAAAGUGCUGUGGUUGGCUCCAGUAAUGCUUUAGCGACACAUUGGCGUAAACACAUGUAUUGUCGCUAGUUUGUUUCUUAUCAGCUGCACAGUUUUAGGUAGCGCAGACAGCCAUGGCACAGGACGGUGUUAUUUUGCAAUUCAGUUUCGCCACUUUUGGUGACUCCAUGCUCCAGAAGAUGGACGUGCUUCGAAAGGACAGACGUUUCUGCGAUGUCAUUGUGCACAUCAAUGACGUCGAGAUUCCUGGUCAUAAGGUUGUGUUUGCUGCUGGCUCUCCUUUCCUCAGAGACCAGUUUUUCCUUCAGGACUCACAUGAAGUUGAGAUAUCGACACUGCAGGACGCAGAAGUUGGACGGAGACUUCUUCUCUCUUGCUACACAGGGACACUCGAGUUCCCGGAGCUGGAACUGGUCCACUAUCUGACUGUAGCCAGUUUCUUACAGAUGGGCCACAUUGUGGAGCAAUGCACAAAAGCCCUGAAUAAGUUUAUUAAGCCUCAGAAAGUUGAGGAUUCCCAUCGUUCUCAUCAGACUUCCAACAUUAACACACAGCAACGAGAGCCACCACAUAUUCAAACAGUGUUUGAUGAUGAUGAAGAGGUGGACAAUGUGAUCGAGGACGAUAAUGACGAUGAUGUAAUCAUUGAACCAAGAUCGCCUCCGAUAUUUCAGAGGAAAUGCCAAGGAGAGGAGAGCCCCAUCAAUAUCAUUAAGGUGGAAUCAGUGGACGAUCGAAUGCAGAUGUCUCAAAAUUUACAGAAUGGUCCUGCUCGGUCCCCUGCGCUGUGCUCCCCAGAGCCCCAGCACUCACUCAUUAACUCAACCGUAGAGACGCGGCCUGCUGAGGUGACCCCUAAUGCCACUCUUGACUAUGCGCUCUCCUCUCCCGGUCCCAGUGGCUUGGGGAAGGAGAAUGUGUGGAGCUGCUCUCGGAAUACUGACAAAGGCAUGCAAUGGUACCACCAGUGCCCAAAAUGCGCCCGUGUCUUCCGCCAGUUGGAGAACUACGCCAACCACUUGAAGAUGCACAAGCUGUUUAUGUGCCUCCUCUGUGGCAAGACAUUCACACAGAAAGGCAACCUGCACCGGCAUAUGCGCGUCCAUGCCGGAAUCAAGCCAUUCCAGUGCAAAAUUUGUGGCAAGACAUUCACGCAAAAGUGCUCGCUGCUUGACCACUUGAACCUGCACAGCGGCGACAAACCGCACCGCUGCAACUACUGUGAAAUGGUGUUCGCUCACAAACCUGUCCUGCGCAAACAUCUGAAGCAGAUCCACGGCAAGAACAGUUUUGACAAUGCCAAUGAAGGUAGCAUGCUUGAAGGGUUUUAAAUUUACUAUGGCUUUCUACUAUGGCUACUAAAGACUUGUGUAAAGAUCUUUAUGGAUUUUAAAACCGAAAUCAUCCUGUAUAUAUGGCAAUGCCCUGUAUGCACACUAAUGGUUAAUAUGUACCCAUCAUAUGAACUCCAUUACUUAUAUGAUUGUGUAGUUGGUCAUUGUACUGUAUUCAACAGCUGCUGUUUUGUAAUCAUUUUAAAUGAAUGGUUGGCCAAGUUCAAAUCAUGGUUACACUAAGUUGGGCCCUUAACCCUCAGCUGCUCAGUUGUAGCCUUUCUCAACUCGCUUUAAUUAAAAGCGUCAGCUUUUCUGUCCUGGAUAGAUCCCAGCUAUCCUUAACAAAGUGUUUUUAGUGGGACCGCUGCAAAAUACGCAUGAAACCUCAGUCAUGAUUUGUGUUGUUUCCUCGACUGUCCAAAAGUGUAUAUUCAUACAGAAAUAGAAUGAUUUUCUAAUUCUACCUGUGAGGUUACUGGCAAACUUGUGAUUCAUUAAAUAUAGUGUCAUAAAUCA